AUGACUGGGGUUAAGGGAAUGUCAAGAAUAAGUAAUAAUUGUAGUAUGGAUGUAUGGAUUGGGAGGUAUGCACUACUCAACCGCGAACUUCCGGGAAAAAAAGAAAAAAAUAAACACGUGAUUGUGGUUGUUUCCCUCUUUGGGUAUGAGUUAUAG